AAGACAUCGAUGGCUUUGCGUUUCAGUCAGCUGUAGAUCAAGAAUCUCGAGUACCACGACCGCUAUGUUACUCCCGAACGUUUGGCCGGGCUUCAACAAUGAAUCUACCGGACCGAUAGCGCAAUCAUGGAAGUACGAAUCCAGGAUGAAUGGCUGGAACACUCCAGCUGACUACAAGUCAUACAUUCAUCCGCAUUGGCUCAGCUACGAAGAACCUAAUCCAAUGCUACACCAUUUGCUCGGCGUGCUCUACAUCUUCUUUAUGAUCGCAAGUUGCCUAGGCAACGGAAUAGUCAUUUACAUUUUUAGCACGACGAAAGAGCUCAAAACACCUAGCAACAUCUUAAUUUUAAACCUGGCCAUCUGCGAUUUUAUCAUGAUGAUCAAGACUCCCGUCUUCAUCGUGAAUAGCUUCAACGAAGGCCCUGUUUUCGGUCGGUUGGGCUGCUCCAUAUACGGUCUGUUGGGCGCUUACGUCGGCCCAUGUUCAGCCGUCACUAACGCUGCCAUCGCUUACGAUCGUUACAGGUGCAUUUCUGAUCCGAUGGGUAAACGAUGGUCUAAAAGUCAAGCUUCGUUGAUUGUUCUCGGCUGUUGGGUUUAUGCCAGUCCCGUGUCUCUGCUCCCGUUCACGGAGCUCGUCAACCGUUUCGUGCCAGAGGGCUAUUUGACUAGCUGCACUUUUGACUACAUGGCCGAUAAUUUAGAAACAAAAAUAUUCGUUUUCUUGUUGUGGAUCUGGUGCUGGAUCAUGCCGUUGGGUGUCAUCAUAUUUUCCUACGGAAAGAUCACGACUCAAGUCAUGACUCACGAAGCUCGUCUCAAAGAACAAGCCAAGAAGAUGAACGUUGAAACUCUGAGAAGUGGAGCCAACAAGGACGUUCGCAACGAAAUUCGUGUGGCUAAAGUUGGAAUUUCACUUACGACGCUGUUUCUAUUAUCGUGGACACCGUAUUUCAUGAUCGCUUUUAUCGGAUGCUAUGGAAAUCGCGCAUUGCUAACACCUGGAUUAUCAAUGAUCCCAGCGUGCACCUGUAAACUGGCCGCCUGUGUCGAUCCUUUCGUCUACGCCAUCAAUCAUCCAAAAUACCGAUUGGAGUUGAUGAAAAGACUGCCAUGGCUUUGUGUCCAUGAAAAGGACGAAUGUGCAAAGGAAGAAAGCUCUAACGCUUCGGUAAUAAGCGAAGCUGAAUCCAGGACAUAAACAUAAUUUAUGGCAAUAUCCUUCAUACUGCAUCAAAAGGAACGAUCUAACCUCUCGAUGACUCCAAAAAGAAAACGACUAUAAAUAAAAAAAACCUAAGUUGCUACAUUUCAUUUCUGUUUGCAUCCAGCGCUCUCCAUAAAUUCCUGAAGCUAGUUUAGAAAUUUCAACACUCAUUUGUAUCCAACCCCAACAAGUUAGUCCAUCUCCCUACUAUUUUCGUGUACAACAAAAUGAAAAUCAUGUUCGCUUUGUCUGCUUAAGCAAUACAAAAUUUCCUCCAAAAAUGACGGAGAAAAUGUGGGAA